AUGGAUGCCUUGGGGGCCUUAGACUCGCUUUCCGAAGAUGAAAGCUUCGAGGAGAUUGCCGAACCCGUUCUGGAGAAACCUCUGGAUUUCCAGGCAUUGCAGCCCCACUUGGGGAAGGAGAGUGCAGAGGACGCUGAAGGACUGGACCGUAUCUACAUCAAGUUCAAGGAGCAGCUGUCCACCACGGCGGCUGCAGAUGGCGAGGUCCAGACCUCAAACGAGCCGCCCGAGUCGAGGGAUCCAUCGAACGAUGAGUUCCCGGUAUUGCAGCUCUCGAACACGAGGAGACCGAUGCCGGCUUCUCUAGUGGACGGCGCCUAUGAGAAGUCCCAGCCGCAGAAGAUUCUUGACUAUGACAUCGAGCAGUCAGAAGGUGACCUGAGGCUCCAGAGCCUGCUGCAAGGAUCCGACGAGCUCUUCCAAAAGCAGGCUUCCAAGAGGCCUUCCUGUCGGUGCAGCGCAGGGAGGACAUUUGCAAAGCUGCUGUUGCCGGCUUCCUCCGUGACAGGGGUGGUCCUGCUGAACCUCGUGCGGCUGCGGGAGCUGCAGAUCGAGUAUUGCCCGCUGCUUCGCAAGUCGGAAGACCUGGCGCUGUCCUAUGAGGUCAUUCUCGCCACAGGUCACCUGCUGAAGUGCCAGUGCUACGCGUACCGGGCCAUUCACUUGGAGCGGGGUGGUGCGGAGGAGGUGCGCAGGGAGUGCCGUGGCGGUAGCUCCACCGAGCCGAGCCGUCUGCUGCUGGGAGGGCGCUCGGCGCUCCAAGCGCUGCCCACUCGAAGGCAGAGGACCGCUGUGGAGGCCCUGCUUACCUGGAUGGCUCGCUCUAGGACUGGCGCGGUAGAUCACCACGGGGACUUCAACGAUGGUGCGGAGGAGGCGUCAGAAGCUCUCCUGGACACGUGA